CCAGCAUGCAGCAGGGUUACACGACCACAAACAAAGAUGCUGAAAGUACUCUCCUCCCUGUCUCUCCCCUCAGCCCUCCCUGUUCCAGGCUCGCACCACCAUGAUGUUAAGCAGCGGCCGUUUCCGCUGCCCGUCCUGCCGAGAGGAGGUGGUGCUGGAUCGCCACGGCGUCUUCGGCCUGCAGAGGAACCUACUGGUGGAGAACAUCAUCGACGUCUACAAACAAGAGGUCGCCAACUACAACAACAAGGCGGCAAGCGCCCUCCCUCCUCCUCCCUCUCCUGCUCAGCCGACGUGUCCGGACCACGAGGGGGAGAAGGUGAACAUCUACUGUCUCACCUGUAAGGUCCCCACCUGUUCUCUGUGCAAGGUGUUCGGGGCUCAUCAGUCCUGUCAGGUGGCUCCUCUGAGCGACGUCUACCAGCUGCAGAAGGUAAAAAUAAAAAAACUAUUUUUAUAUUUGAAUGAGCUGAGUGAGGAGGUCAGCUCUCUGAAGGCGUACAACGACAAGUCCAGGCUGUGA